AUGCUUCAAACAUUUUGCGGCAAUCAGUGCAACGAUGACGAAGAUGUAAAAAAGAUCUUGACCUCUUGGUUAUCGGAGCAGGCGGCAAGUUACUAUGAUGAGGGUAUUCUAAAUCUAGUAGCAAGACAUGUUUGCACCGUUCCUCUCCCAGCUCCUGGGGGAGAAGAUGUUCCCGCAUCUAGCUCUCUUUCUCCAGCUUUAGUUAUCGUCUGCAGUCGCCGAGUAGAUGUUUACGCGUAUGAACAACAAAAAUAUUCAGGAAAGGUGAUCACGUGUAACAGGAAUAUAUAUACUCUUCAAAUAACGGACACUACAGGCAGUCACCAGUUUCCAGCAAUGCAAAGAUUGAAUACUGGUAAAGGACAUGCUUUUAUUCUAGUCUACGCCAUCACCAGCAAGCAGAGUCUAGAAGACCCUGCUCCAAUCUACGCUCUUAUAAGAGAAGUAAAGGGUAACCUUGAAGGUAUUCCCAUGAUGCUCGUUGGCAACAAGAACGAUGAGGAAGAAAACCGUGAAGUGCAAUAUCAAGAUGGCAUGGCCCAAGCUCACAAAUGGAAUUGCAAUUCCAUGGAAACGUCAGCCAAGAACAACACUAACGUCAAAGAGAUGUUUCAAGAACUUCUGAACAUGGAAAAGUCUAGAAACGUCUGUCUCCAAAGCGAGAGACGAACUUUAGCCCAGUUCAGGAAAGACAAUUUGAAGGGCCAAAUGCCUCAUGAUGUGACGUCACAUCGAUCUUUCGAGAAUUCCAUUAUACACUAUUUAUUAGUGUUUCCCGAAUAA